UUAUUUUUUAAGGGUUUUUAUGUUUUCGGAUUUUAUCUGUUUUAUUGUUUUAUUUGCUGUCUGACUUUUAUCGUGACGUGUUGCUGUUUCUUUUUUUCGUAAUGUCAUUGUAUAAUACUUUGCUGCCUUUUAUUUACUAUGAGCCAUGUUUGUCUUUGUUGUAAAGCAUUUUGGGGACCUUUAGGGUUUUGUAAAGGGCUAUAUACAUACAUUUGAUUUGAUUUUUGAUUUGAUAUGUUAAUGGCACUGUUUUUUUCUCUCAGUUUUCGGCAUUCUUGGAGGAUUAAGGCAAAUUUCCAAUCAGGCGCCAGGAUGAAGAAGACUCUUUCCUAUUUGGGGUUACUGCUGCUGGGCCUUCAUUUCCUUACAGCCAGCGGGCAGCUGGAACCAAAAAAAGAAACCGCCCCUGAUCCCCUUGCUGCGACACAAAGACGUGGGCUAGUCGAGCGGGAUGUGCAGGGUCCAGUGAGGCCCAACAUCACCAUGCCACACCGUCAAAUGCCCCCGAUGUGCAGUGGGUCCACAGAAAUCCGCGACACUUUCAAAUACAUCAACACAGUUGUGUCCUGCCUGGUGUUUGUAGUGGGCAUCAUCGGAAACUCGACACUUUUGAGAAUCAUCUAUAAGAAUAAAUGCAUGCGGAAUGGGCCAAACAUACUCAUCGCCAGCCUGGCUCUUGGAGACCUACUGCACAUCAUCAUUGGCAUCCCCAUAAAUGUUUACAAGCUUCUGGCAGAGGAUUGGCCUUUUGGUGUGGCUCUAUGCAAGUUGGUGCCAUUUAUCCAGAAAGCCUCAGUGGGGAUCACAGUGCUGAGCCUAUGUGCACUAAGUAUUGACAGAUAUCGGGCGGUGACUUCAUGGAGCAGAAUCAAAGGGAUUGGUGUUCCAAAGUGGAUGGCUAUCGAAAUUGCACUCAUCUGGAUAUUAUCUAUUAUCCUGGCUGUACCAGAGGCAAUCGCUUUUGACAUGUUCACCAUGGACUACAAAGGAGAAAAGCUGAGGAUCUGUUUGUUGCUCCCCAAGCAGAAAACAGAUAUUAUGAGGUUUUAUAAAUCCGUGAAGGACUGGUGGCUGUUCAGUGCAUAUUUCUGUCUGCCAUUGGCCUGCACUGCCAUUUUCUACACCCUGAUGACCUGUGAGAUGCUGAGGAAAAAGAACGGAGUUCAAAUUGCCCUUAGUGAUCACCUUAAACAGCGUAGGGAGGUUGCAAAGACUGUGUUCUGUCUGGUUCUGGUCUUCGCUCUAUGCUGGCUCCCUCUCCACCUCAGUCGUAUCCUAAAACGCACCAUCUAUGAUGAGAAAGAUCCAAACCGUUGUGAAUUGCUCAGUUUCUUUUUAGUCCUAGGCCACAUCGGCAUCAAUAUGGCAUCGGUCAACUCUUGCAUCAACCCCAUUGCCCUCUACAUGGUCAGCAAACGAUUUAAAAAUUGCUUCAGGUCCUGCCUGUGCUGCUGGUGCCUACCAGCGGAGAUGCUAAUAAUGGAUGAGAAACAGUCGUGCAUGAAGCUGAAGGUCACAGAAAGAGCAUCUGACCAAAGCAACUCACGCAUUACCAACAAGUCUACUACAGCCUGAAUAUUGUAAACUACUAUUAAAAAUGAAUGGAACAGAAAAUGAUACAAAUGAUAAAGUCUGGGAAACCAAAUGAGGCCAGGAUUCAGCCAGAAACAGAUUAGAGGCCUUGGAUUGAUGAUACCAACAGAGGCAUUCGCUAUGAUGAUGACAAAAUAGUUAUCGUUCAAAUCAAGAACGUGGUCUAUUCAUUGCUUCAUUGAACGGAUGUGAAGAGAAAGACAUUGUAUGAGGACAUAAUUGAAAUUAUGGGAAGUGAUCGUUUCUGCUCAGCGUAAAGAAACUGCAAGUAUGAAAUGGCUACACAGCUGCAUGGUACUAUAUUGUACAAGCCAGGAAAUUUGUUGCACUUGAAGCAAACUGACAACUUUCACUGCAUGAAUUGCAUUAGAUACUUUAAACCAGUGCUUCUCAAUUAUUUUCUGUUACGCGCCCCCAGGAAGACGUAAACGUUCUGCGCCCCCCCCCCCCCAACUCUCUGCCGCCACUGUAAAUAUAUUAUAGUAUCAUUUGUUUAUAAAAUUCUUAUUAUAAGUACACCGCUGCAUGCUAUUUUAUUUUAAUAUUAAAGAAGAAAAAACAAAACAAAACAACAACAACAAAAACCCACAUCCAUACUGUAAAAGUAGUCUCGUUACAUUUUUUUACCGUUUGACACUGAAAAAAAUAAAUCAAUAAAUAAUCAUAAAUUUAAAUUGAUUAGCAACAUUAACUUGAGAGGACAAUAUGUCAAACUAAUAGACUGAAAAAACAAAAGUUAAUAGAACUAAUAUGACUGUGUCAUUGGAGAGAGAGACAGUUUUUAUUUUUGCAGCAGGCAGUAUCAGCUCCUUUGCUGGGGUGUUGGGUUAUUUUGCAUUGAGCAACUUAGUAUGCCUCCUCAUGUGAUAAUGACAGUGUUAGCUGGUUUACUGAUGUAAUACUGAAAAAGCAGGACGAUUGUUGGCAAUAUUCGGCACGUUUUCGCUGGGAAAAAAAAAAAAAAGAAUUUGUAAUGUCUGUAAUAUCUACUGCAAACAUUUUUAGACAAAGUAAACAGACUGGUCUUUCCUCGUCUUCCACUUUACUAAAAGUCAAAGCCAAAAGCAAAAUGCUACAUACGUUUUGCCAUAUUUCUUCAUCUUAGCUUUUCAUAUCUCCAGUGCUCUUUGCUGUGUGCUCUUGUUUGGUUCAAAAAUACUGCGCACAUGCUGAAAAUGACAGCGCCACUGCCACCCACUCAGUGGAUGUGCAAUUACACUUUAUUCUAGUUCGGCAAAAAAGUAUGUUCCCCAAGGUCAUUUGCGCCACCGUCAGCAUCGCUCCUCGCCCCCCUGGGGGGGCCCGCCCCACUAUUUGAGAAGUACUGCUUUAAACACAUGGAAAUCACAACAUUGUCCCUCUGAUGAACAAAAAUGGACAUGGAUCUCGAGAGGUUGUGCAAAUAUAUACAAUUAGUAUUUCAUGCAAAUGUACAGGGAUGACACAUCUGGCUUUCAGCCUGAAUAGUGACAACUAUUGAAAUGUUCAGUAUCAUAUGGACUGUAAGUGUAAUGCUGCACAGCAACACUUUAUACAUGUUGAACAGUAGAUUUAUAUUCACAGUUCAAUGUAUUAAUAUUUUGUCAUUUCUACUUACCUGUUGCAUUUGUGCCACUAUAUAUUUUUCUGACUGUACUACUGAUGCGCUAUUAACAGUGUUAAUGCUCGAUGUCGAGCCUAUUGUUUGAAUUUCUCUUUGUUAUUGUUAUUGUAUUGCUAUUAUCUGCAAAUCAUCGCCUAACGUGUAUAAGACAGGUGUUAAAAAUGCAAUUAAAAAAUAUUAUGUAUAUACUUUGUAUGUAUCUUUCCAUGUGAAUUGAAGCUGUGAAGUUGUAUACUCAGUCAUAUAUCUAAGAUGUCCAUGGGCUUAGAAGUGUGUAUAUGUGUGUGUGUUACUGUACUUUCCCAGGUCCAAGGAGGGGGAGGGACCCAUAAAUAUCCGUUUUUUUUUGUUGUUUUUUUUUUAAAUAAAUGUUUGUAUGUUUAUUUUAAAUAAAUUGGGACCUCCAGUUAAUUAGUGUCAGUAUCAUGUCAAAGACUGUAUACGUGUGUAUG